AUGGGCAUAAAGUACGUCUUCCUAGUUAGUCGCCAGGGCAAAUUGCGCCUAGUCAAAUGGUACAUCACCUUGCCGCAGAAAGAAAAGGCCAAAAUUGUCAAAGAGGUCAGCCAAUUGGUGCUGGCGCGUCGGCCCAAGCUGUGCAAUUUCAUCGAGCACAAGGACACCAAAGUGGUUUACCGCAAAUACGCCUCGCUGUACUUUGUCGCCGGCAUUGACAUGGACGACAACGAAUUGAUCACUCUCGAGAUAAUCCACCGCUUCGUCGAAGUGCUCGACCGCUACUUUGGCAAUGUCUGCGAGCUCGACCUGAUUUUCCACUUCCAAAAGGCGUAUUUUGUCCUGGACGAGAUGAUCAUGGCCGGCGAGCUGCAGGAGUCGAGCAAGAAGACCGUGCUGAGAGUCAUGGCGCAGCAGGACGAGACCGAGGCCACAGAGAAUGCCGAGCGCGGGUGGGGAGAUAUCAAGUAA